UACACUUGUGUGUCUUGCGUCCGCUUGUUUUGUGUCACAAAAAACUAGUUUGCGAACGAAAAAAUGUGUGUUUCUUGUAUUUGAGUUGGCUGGGCAUAGUUGAAAAAUUUACCAAGUGUUUGCACAUCCAAUUUGCGCCUCCACCCCACCGUUUGCAAAGAGCGCGCUGGCCUUCCGCUGACGCCAGCAAGAUGGCUUCCGAAAUCGAGGUUGUAAACAUUGGGAAUUUCGAAAAGAUCCAAAACUUUCUCAAUGAUACCGCCUACAAGGAAAUACUUGAAAACAGUGAGAACUUCAACACGCGCCUUUGCAUCGAACGGCGGCUACGCAUGCCUUUCCUCGAUCCCCAGACCGGCGUCGCCCAGACACACUGUGCGCUUUUCAUGAAACAAAAGCAAAGAAUGCCCGGCUUCCGUCAUGGACAAAUCUAUACGUAUCCAUCGGCGCGUUGGCGCAAGCCGAAGCGGCAGUAUUUGCUAAAUCCGCAUCACAGCUAUCGGGCCUAUCAGUACCGGGAAUAUCAUCAUGUCCAUCAUCAUGCAACGGGGACGUCCAAUUCCCGAGAUCAUCACCAGACGGAGAGUGCAGUCAUUGCCGCCACAGAUGGCAACUCCAUGGGCGCCUCGGGCGACAAUGACAGCAAGGACUCGCAUGCGAAUGCGGAGAAGGAAUGGUUCCAUGAGGAAAUGGAUGUCUCUCACUACCAUCAUGCCGAUGACUACGAAGACGAUUUCGAGUCUGACAACGAUUUUGACGAAUCGUACAGCAGUCGAGGCAAACGGAAGCGUAGCUCUCGUCCAAGACGAUCCAAUGCCAAUGCAGACGGCACCCCCAAACGUGGACGCAAAGGUGGCGGCAGUCGACGACGCAAUGCCGGCGAUGGCGAGUCCGGAGAUCGACGACGACGUGGAGCCAGCAAUAGUGCAAACACUUCUGCUGCGGCUGCAGCAGCAGCUGCUGCAGUCGCACAUGCAGCCAGCACAGCGGCUGCUGCGGCAGCUGCCACAGGCAUUUAUGCCACACACUCCAAUUCAGCGUCUCCGAUUCCCACUAACGAUGAAACCUCUCAGUCGGCUCUGGUCAUGCCGCCCAACCUUGCUCCAUCCUACGAUAAGACUUUAAACGAUGCAGGCGCUUCCAAUGACUCAAUUCCGUUGGCCACCAUGGCAGCUGGCAUGAAUCUGGCUAUGCCAAUGCCGUUGCCAACCACAUCAGCCACCACUACGCCGACUAUAUUCGCGCCGGCUAGUACACCGCCAGUUGCAGCAGUCGCUAGUCCCAAGAAGAACAAACUGCGUGGCGAACGUGAGAUUGCACAGCCGUCUCCCUAUUGUGACUUUUGUCUAGGCGAUCAGCGGGAGAACAAGAAGACAAAUAUGCCCGAGGAGCUCGUCUCCUGUUCCGACUGCGGUCGCUCAGGUCAUCCUUCAUGUCUGCAGUUCACACCCAACAUGAUUAUUUCGGUGAAGCGUUAUCGUUGGCAGUGCAUCGAGUGCAAGUAUUGUUCGAUUUGCGGUACAUCCGACAACGAUGAUCAGCUGCUUUUCUGCGACGAUUGCGAUCGUGGCUAUCACAUGUACUGUCUGUCGCCGCCGCUUGUCACGCCGCCUGAGGGAUCCUGGAGCUGCAAACUGUGCAUGGAGGAGUUUCACAAGCACAAGUAAUUAAUACAAGUAAAAUACUUAUAUACUGCACAAUGUGUGCUGGAGUUAAGUGCGGCAUCGGAGCGUAUGAAAAGGCGAUUUUAGUUUAUACUCAUAUAUAUGUAAGUCCUCAUCUCGUGUACGUGGCAGCUUUUAAAGAGAUUUCUUAUUUAGCUCUUAAGUUUAGGUAUUCUUUGCGUACGUGUUUUACUUAUUUUUCGAGUAGCCAUUUAAAAUUGUAGUAUUCUGCAACUACGCUUAGGAUCCCCCGCAAGUAUUCUUUUAAGAAGUAUUGUAUUGUAUGAUUCCCAACGUUCCGUUCUCAGUUAAGUGAAAUGUUCACGUUCAUGUUCAGUGUUGUCUUUUAAGCAGCUAAGCAAAAGCAAUCUUUACGCUAUGCAUUCUGUAAGUCUAACAAAGUAUAACAGUUUUCGUAAUUACCCUAAGGAUUUAAAAUAAUAAUGCCAAUAAAUUUUGCAACUGUUCUGGCAUAGUCGAAUAGCCCUGUUGACUUUUUAUUCGAAUCCAUCUUGGGCUAAAAUGUCAUAAUACAUUGUUUAGUCAAAUUUUAGGAAUUUCGGCAUUGCUUAUAACUUGUUCAUUAAAUUUUCGAUUUAACUAAAAUGGCCAAAAUUGAGCGGGACAGUGAUUUCAAGCGACGUCUGAACGAGACCAGCGCUGGUGUGUUCCACGAACUCAACAACUUUCUGAAUGCCAAAGAACGCCGCGAGCUGUGCCGCAACGAAAAGAAGCGCAAGGUCACAUUCAAGGGCACGGUGGACAUGCACAUCUGCUACGAGGAUUCCAAAAGCAAACGCAUACAAAUCCGUCUGAAACCCGAACACAUGCCUAAUGUGCUGGACAGUGAGAAAGCGCCGGACAAAAUCCUUAGAAAGGAGUUGGUCAGAAGAAUACUGUCUCCGGGCAGAAGAAUACUGCCUCCGGCUCAGCAGACAUUACCGCGUCAUUGAAAUAAUAGUUGAAAUUUGUAAUUGUUCAUGAAAUUGAAAUCUCAUUGUAAAUUGAAA